AUGCUCGAUCCUCAGAAGGAAAUGGAGAUUCACUCCUCGGCCUUGUCUGUCAGGUCUAACAGCACGACAAGAACACUUAUCGAGAGUCCAUCCUCUUUCUACCCAUCGCGCAUUCUAACCAUUAAUGCCCAAGGCAUUCGCGCUUUCCGUCUCCCACUGCCAUCCCGCCAGACUGAGAUCUUUGUCUACAACCCAGACGGCGCCGAGGCUUACGUCUCCACGCGCGACAAACGUUGCUCAGGUAAUGCGACCCUGUCCCACCCCGAACGCGGAGAUCUGAUCCGAACUGAGUACUCGUUCGGUCCGAGCCGGGAUCCCGUUGUGCACCUGCUUCAACCUUCUGGUGACAGCCCCGAGGAAGUGGCUGUCGCGGGGAAAUGGACCUCUCGCUCAAUGCGCUUUGCUAUACCUGGAGGUAAACAGUUUGAAUGGAAAUAUGCCAAGGAGAGAAGGGCGGAUGGGCAGAAAGUCAAUUUGAUUGUUCUUCGUGCCGUGGGGGAAGACAAGGCCAAGAGUAAAGAGACCCAGCGCCACAGGAUUGCACAGCUGGCCCGCGGAGACGAUGCUCGGACGCCCGGAACGUCGCGAUCUUCGGCGGGCAAUGGGGGUGAAUUGCAGAUCGACGAGGCUGCGUCACAGUCUCUUGAACUGGAGGAAGCGGUUAUUGUGGCGACUUGUUUGAUGAUGUUGAAGAAAGAGGUUGACCGACGUAGGAUGAUUCAAUUUGCAAUGAUCGCGGGAGUGUUAUGA